CAUCGAUGAGCUCAUGCUGACAAAACACCUCCACCCCUUGGCGAUAUAUAUACAGUGGUGCGAGAACUCGUCAGCUCCAUUGCCCAUCGAACUUGUGUGAUCUUCUCUCAUCAAACUACACUUGUCAGCAUCGCACCGAAUUUAUAUCUACCAAAAUGCGUGGAAUCGUUGUCCAGCAACUCGGGGUUGCGACCUUAGAGGACGAUCUUCCUGUACCCAAGCCCAACACUGAUGAGGUGCUCGUAAAAGUCAAUUAUGCAGCAGCCAACCCGACAGAUUGGAAGCAUAUGGAGUGGCUAUCCCCUCCUGAUUCUCUUCUAGGUUGUGACUACUUUGGUACUGUCGUCGAAGUCGGCCCAGGCUCUAGACCCACUCUCAAGGUCGGCGACAAGGUGGCUGGCUUCGUGCACGGAGGCAAAUUCCCGACCGAAGGAAGCUUUGCCGAGUAUGUCAAAGUGGACAACAAGAUGACCACCAAACUCCCAGACGGGUGGGAUAGAAUGGCCGAAGCUGCAACCUUUGGAGUGGGAUAUCUGACUGCUGCCUUGUGUCUCUUUCACGCUCAGAAGAACCCAUUCCCCCCCUCAAAACGUUCGAGCGAUGACUGGUUUUUCGUCCAGGGGGGCGCCUCAAGCGUCGGCCUGUUUGCUAUUCAGCUCGCCAAGCUGGCAGGUUAUUCGGUCAUUACGACUUGCUCCCCCCAUUCAUUCGACCUUUGCAAGUCAUUCGGAGCUGAUCAUACCGUCGACUAUCAUGAUUAUGCGGCGGCUGUCAAAGACAUCAAGGAUGUCACCCAAGGCAAGUGCAAAGGAGCUUUAGAAUGCAUUGGAGGGGUCGACGAUGCCAAGCUCGCGGUCGAGAGUAUUGGCACUGAGGGAGGACUUGUUACUUUCCUAUUGUCCGUUCCCGAAGAGGCCAAGAAUCGUCGUUCCGACGUCAAAUUGGAAGGUAUUCUGCUCUACACCAUUGGAGGUUAUGCUUUUGACUUUCUCCCAGGACAGCCGCCGGUCCCGGCCUCUCCAGAAGACCGGGCUUGGGCCGAGAAGUGGUUUGAGAUCAGCGGCGACGUGGUGGGCAAGUAUGGAAUUCGAGGCAACCCGGUGGAUGUGAGGCAGGGACUAGAAAGCGUCUUGGCUGGGCUCAAGGAGCUCAAGGCAGGAGUGUCUGGAAAGAAGAUUGUGUACAAGAUAGAUUGAAUGGACCAUGUAUCGACGGCCGGCUGACCAUUUAAGACU